AAGUAACUGAGUUACUUUUGAGAGAAGUAACUAGUAAUGUAACUAAGUUACUAUUUUAAAGUAACUUACUCAACACUGAAAAUAACAUAAUGUGAUCUGCUACUUCACGCACACGUGAAGAGAAAAGAAGAAAAGAAAAUAAGAACAGUGAACGAAGCAGAGAAAAAGGUGAACCUUCCACACUGUCCAUUAGUUGAUAGACUGUUUUAUGUGCCAGUAACUGUAUGUCCCGCUAUUUUUGUUUCUGUAAUGCUCACAUCUCACUGGUUUCCUGCAGUUAUUGUCACUAUGUCUUUUUUCAGGUGUUCAUAUUUUCCAGAGUAUGAAUGGCUGUAACUGGGAUGACGAGACUGGACAGAUUAAUGCGUUCAAUCAGUACAGUUAUAAUGGAGAAGACUUUCUAACAUUCGACCCACAGCGACUGACAUGGAUUGCUCUAAAACCACAGGCUGUCAUCACCAAACUGAGAUGGGAUGGUGAAGAAGAUCAAUUAAAAUGUAAUAAGAACUUUUAUGUCCACGAAUGCCCUGCGUUUUUGAAGAAGUAUGUUCAGUAUGGGAAAAACGUUUUGCAGACAGCAGUUCUUCCAUCAGUGUCUCUCCUCCAGAAGUCUUUAUCCUCGCCAGUCAGCUGCCACGCUACAGGUUUCUAUCCUAACAGAGGUUUGAUGUUCUGGAGGAAAGAUGGAGAAGAGCUCCAUGAAGGUGUGGAUCCUGGAGAGAUCCUUCCCAACAAUGAUGGGACCUUCCAGAUGAGUAUUGAUCUGAAUGUUUCAUCAGUCACACCUGAAGACUGGGAGAGGUACGACUGUGUGUUUCAGCUCUUUGGUGUGAACGAGUACAUCAUCACCAAACUGGACAAAACACUGAUCAGGACCAACUGGGGGAAGCCCGCUCACAUUAUACCUACAGCGGUUGUUCUAGCUAUCGUCCUCAUUGCAGCUGUUGCAGCUGUGGCGGUUGUCGCAUACAAAAGAAAGAAAGCUCCUGCCAAUGCCUCCGAACAGUCUGAGACACUAAAUCCACAAACAUGACCAUCCUUCACGCAGUUCUGCGCUCUGCAUGACUUUGCUCUGGCUGUUUCAGUUCUUCCACAGUUUAAAGUUUUACAUUUUAUAUACAGUACUUAUCAAAAUACCCAACAGGUAACAUGAUACAUCAUAAAAAGUUUUUUGUUGUUUAUUUUAAAGGCCCACACUGCAAUAAAUGUAUGUGCCUCAAAUGAAGCUCAAAUAUUGAUAUAGUAUCAUUUCAAAAAUAUAAUUUAUCUUGGUUCAUUUAACUUUAGGGGUGUUACCUCUUCUGGAUGUUUAUAUGUUUACUUUUUGUGUAGUUAACAGUCAAAUAUUUGUCACCCUUUAUUAAAUCUAAUGUAUAAUAAUUCAUGCAUUACAUGUAUAAUCGUUUCAUGUAAUGAAUUUGACAUUUACAUUCAGUUAGAGAAUUUAUAUGUUAUGUCUGAUCAUUGGUCAUAUCACCUGCAUGGGACAGAUGGCUUAUAAAUCACUCUGGGUCUGCUUUGGCAUAAAGCCCAGUUCACACUUACCGUAACUUUUUAUAAUUAUUUGAACAUUUAAUGUCUUCUAAACAAGAAGACAUUCUCUCCUUACUUUUUCAUGUAUUCAGAAAUAUUCUGUAUUGAUGUGCAAAACCUUUUAUCUACAAAACAUUCAUAUGUUUGAGCUACAUGUUAAUGUCAUGGUCCUGAGUCUGUGACUCAGUGGUUUUGGUUUUGGUAAUUAUUAUCUUGUUCUUAAGGUUAAUUCUUGUUUUCAUGUUCUUUGGGGUUGGGCUCUGGUUAUAUUUUGAGCAACUUCUGUUCUGUGUUUCUGCCCGCCCUGGUCCCAUGUCUCUGUGUUUGUCUGUGUUCAGUCUGUGUGUUUCCUGUUUUACUUUGAAGGUCAGUGUCUCAGAUUAAUGCAUUCUGUUUUGCUUCCCUCGGUUCUUGUCAGGUUGGAUUGCUUCCAGCCGUGCUUCUCUUGUGUCUCUCCUUUCCUUGUUACUACCUUUGUAUUUAAGCCUUGUGUUCUCUGUGCUUAGUUGUCAAUGUCUCAUCCCUGGAGCUGUGUGUGUGUGUGUUUCCCUGUGUUUCCUUGUGUCUCUGUUUAGCAUUCCCAAUCUAGUGUUGUAUUCUGUAUUGUUGUUAAGCCUG